AUACAUAGUUGAGUGAGUAUACUAUAGUAUCCGCAGUGGAAGAGUGAGUGUAAGCGGGCGAGGAUUCUGAUGGAAGAGAGUAAGCGAGCGACGAUUCUGAUCACGAACGACGACGGAAUCGAUGCUCCUGGUUUGAGAGCUCUGGUUCACUCCCUCGUCACCACCAAUCUUUUCAAUAUUCUUGUCUGCGCUCCUGAUAGUGAGAAAUCAGCUGUCAGUCAUGGCAUCACUUGGCUCCACCCUAUCACGGCCAAGCAAAUACAAAUUGACGGAGCAACCUCCGCUUUUGCAGUUUCUGGGACUCCGGCUGAUUGUACUUCUCUUGGGGUUUCCAAAGCACUCUUUCCUACUCUACCUGAUCUGGUAGUCAGUGGCAUAAACAAGGGUAGCAACUGCGGUUAUCACAUUGUUUACUCAGGCACCGUAGCUGGGGCUCGAGAGGCCUUCUUCAAUGAUGUACCUUCUAUCUCCAUUUCAUAUGACUGGAUUAAAGGGAAGAGUAAUUUACAGGACUACGCCCUUGCUGCACAAGUAUGCAUACCAAUCAUAAGUGCUGUACUGGUUGAGAUAAAGAAUGAAAGCUACCCUAAAAAAUGUUUUUUGAAUAUAGAUGUCCCAAACAAUGUUGCUAACCACAAGGGCUACAAGCUGACUAAGCAGGGUAAAAGUAUCGUCAGGAUGGGAUGGAAGCAAGUAACCUCUGAGACAGAAGGAAGAAAAAUGACAUCUGACAUGACCAAUACAGAUACAGAUACAGAUACACCUAAAAACGUUGGCGCAUCAUCUGUAUCACCAGAACAUCUUUCAUUUGUGAGAGAGGUAAGAGGUUAUCAACUCGAUGAUGAUGAUGAUACGGAUCACAGCUCUCUGCAGGAAGGAUAUAUUUCUGUUACUCCACUUGCUGCUCUCUCUCAUGCGGAGGUAGACUGUCAGACCUAUUUUAAGGAUUGGCUACAAAGUGUCCCUGAGAUUCCCUCUUCAUCAGCUUUAUGAUGUAUUUGCAGUUUAUAUGACAAUUAUGAUUGCAAUAUAUUGCUGGCUAUAGUUGCAGUUACAUUUUAGCAUCCUUGGUAGUUAAGCAUGAAGAUUAUUCUUCUGGGAUGAAUGAAGAUUAUGUUUGCAAAUGACAUCACUACGAAGGACUUUUGAGAACCAUAUUAUUUUAGUCAAAGUUUUCGGUUAUGUUUUUCUCAGCCAUUGUUUGCUUUCAUAUAAUGUUGGAUUGUGGAUCUUGUACUUGUACCUCUUUCCAUACAAAUAUUUCUUGAUCUUCUGGGGAGGUCAUAGAUUCAUA